ACAUGCUGCAUUUGUAGUUACAUUAAUCCCACUCAGUGUUGUAGUACAGUCUUAAUAGCAUUUUUCCAAAAAUUUGAGUACUUGAGUUUAGGAUGACAGCAAACAUAUUCAUAUAAUUCAUAUAAUGAGUUAACAACAUUAGGAGGGAAAGUUUCUUUCAACUACCUGAGAAAUUCAGUCAUAGAAUCACGGAGGCAUGGAAUGGCUUAGUUUUAAAGAACCCCCUAGUUCCAAUCCUUGCCAUAAGCAGGGACACCUUUCACUAGAUCAGGUUGUUCAAGGCCACUUAUUAAAAAACAACAAAACAAGAACAACAAUAAAAACUUUAAUUAAAAAAAAAAAUUCUGCACAGAAAUACAUACUAUUUGCAAAUUACUAACAACAUAAUAAUAUUUGUGCAUUCCAUUAAUUACUUGAAAUGGCAUGCAGCUGUAUGUUAACUAGCCUGUAAAGAAAGCAUAAUGUGGAGAAGUACAAUACGCUUUUCAUUCAUUCUAGAGAAAAAUAAAUUAAAUGUCAACAAGCGAUUGUUAAGAAAACAUUGGUUCUAGGUGUGUUUUUACUGUCUAUGAUUUAUGAAGCUGAAUAGAAACAUGUAGCUGUCAGGAACAUUUACAUCAAAUGAAGAGAGAAGAGUCCUUUCCCUGUUUUAAACAGUGUACAUGCACAUAAUGGUAAUGGCCUUGCAAGCAGAAAGCUGUAAAAAGCAGCAAGAAUGGUACGUGUUUUGGUGGAAAGUGUUUGAGAAUUCCUGCCUUUUAAAGUUACAUUAAAAUUACUGAAUAAUAUGUUCUCUUUAAAGAACAAGAAAUAAGUCUCAGAAUAACUGGCUGUGCAAAUACUUCAUACUUAUGGGAGCCCGAUCAUUUGUUUAGAGAAAAAAAUAAAACACGUUCUCUCUUGACUUCAAAGGGAGCAGAUUAGGUGGUAGCUGUACCCUGAAAUUUGCAGUUCAUUUUCACAACUAUAUAGGUGUGGACUUCUCACAGGAAUUUGAAGAGCCUUGCCCUGCUCUACACUGCCACCAGCUUUGUUUAGUGAAGUGUACAUUCCUUAAUGUGCCACAGUCACGGUUGUGUGACUGCAGAACUCCUCCCAUACCGAUUAGGACUACCUCCACCCCAUGACUAAGGCCUGGAGCAGAAAUAAGGCUUGAAGUAUCUUUUGCUAUGCUUUCUGAUAAUAUUUAGAAGUACUUGUUUUUACCCCAUUUUGUGUCCAUUUCACGUAAAAAGAGAUAUAACUCAUAUGUACUAAAAUAUUUUUAGGAACUAGUGAGCUUUCAUUAAACAAUAAUUUGUUGUGAGUAGACCUGUGAAGACAAAAGGGAUACAGGAAUCCUUGUCUGAAUGCAGCUGAAGAAUCAUUUUAAAAAGUGAACUACAGUAACGUCUAAUAGACUAGAACAUAUUUAACAGUUUCAUUCCUUAAGGAAAAAAAAUUACUCACAUGUGUUACAGUAACACUUUCUAAAACAAAUAAUAAAUUAGUUGGUUUCUUGUGCAGGUAGUAACAUCAUAGUGUUUAAACAAAACAGGUGCUUCCAAAAAUUCCUUUAUUUAAAAAGGAUCAUAAAAGCCUAAAGUAUUGCUAGUGAUGUUCUCACUGGAAAAUUCUGGCAGAAGCAGAAUAGUCAAGUAGGUGUGUCUUACAUGACAUUUCUACUGCCUAAAACACAUUUGAUAUGGAAGACACUUGGCAUUUGAAAACAAUGAGUAUUUACGUUUUAUUUAUAUGGUAAAUCAAUUAAGAAAAAAAUCAUUUUAUGAAUUAAUAAAAUCACAGAAACAGCCCAACAACAUGAAUUAUUUAAGUAAGUUGGAAGUAGACUGGAAUAACAUUCCUGCAGCCUUGUCCUUUUAGAAUCAAAUUUUCUUUUGAACUCAGAGGUAAGUUGACAUAAUACACAUAUGCUGCCUUGAAAUAGGCAAUUUUAAAAUUCAGUUUUAAUUCACAGAAAAAAAAAAAAAAAAAAAAAGAGAUAAUUCCCCCCUUAUCUUGCAGAGUUGCACUGUAUUAAAUAAAGCAUGAAGAUUUAUGAACGUGCUUCAUCUGCUACACUAAUUAUUUGAAAUGGAUAAUUUGAAAUUAUAAAUGCCUAAACAGUUGUAGGGUUGGGGCCUUUUAAACUGACAUAUAACAAAGGCACGCAAUACAUUUCUUUCAGAAUCUGGUUUACUUUGUUUCCUUUAAGCCCAUUAGAUAGAAGUACUGAAUUACGGUGUUCUCCAGUGCCGUCUUCACUUGUGUACUUUCAAACAAAUACACUUGUAAAGCAAACUUUGAUUAAUCCAAUAUAAUGAAUGUAACAGUUAAGCUUGAGAGCCAGGCUUGAAAUCUGCCUUAAAUAUAGAGCAUUGCUCAGGAAAUUGUUAAGUCUUGGAGAGAUUCAAGUAGCUUGGUGUAAGAUAUAAUAUCUUUGUGCAAAUAAUAUCCAUCCAGAAUUGAAAGGGUGUGUUUGUAUGUCACAGGACUUUUACAUCUUGCUGUGUCCAAGUGUAUGGCUGAAUCCUGCAUUCCAUAGAUGAGCAAGAAUAGAGAAGGAUUUUUGUCCAAGUACUGAGAAGUUCAUAAAAGAAUGCUUGGGAGAUGGGAAGUAAUGAUAGCUGGCACCUGAACUAAGAUAUCUGUGUAGGCACUACCAUCCCAGAACUUCAGGAUGAAUGGGGAUAUGCCUCAUGUUCCCAUCACUACUCUUGCAGGGAUUGCUAGUCUUACUGACCUUUUGAACCAGCUGCCUCUUCCAUCACCUUUACCUGCCACAACAACAAAGAGCCUGCUUUUCAAUGGACGAAUAGCUGAAGAAGUGAACUGCCUUCUGGCUUGCAGGGAUGAAAAUCUGGUUUCACAGCUCAUCCACAGUCUCAAUCAGGUGUCAACAGAUCACAUAGAACUGAAAGAUAACCUUGGCAGUGAUGACCCAGAGGGUGAUACACCAGUUUUGCUGCAAGCUAUCCUGGCAAGGAAUCCUAAUGUUUUCAGGGAGAAAAGCAUGCAAAACAGAUAUGGGGUACAAAGUGGGAUGAUGAUUCCACAGUUUAGUAUUUCUCAGAAUUCUAUGCGUGGUAGUCCAGCAUCUUCCAAUUAUCAACAAACCACUAUUUCACAUAGCCCUUCCAGCCGGUUUGUGCCACCACAGACAAGCUCUGGUAACAGAUUUUUGGCACAACAGAACAGUCCAGUGCCUAGUCCAUAUGCUCCUCAAAGCCCUGCAGGAUACAUGCCAUAUUCACAUCCUCCAAGUUACACACCGCAUCCUCAGCUGCAGCAAGCUUGUCCUAUUGUCACAGCAGGGAUGAGGAAUCUCCAUGAAAAUAAAGUUUCAAGUCAGUUGUCGGGAAAUUCAGCUAAUCAUCAUGCUGAUAAUUCUAGACAUGGAUCAAAUGAAGACUACCUACAGAUGGUGCACAGAUUAAGUAGUGAUGAUGGCGAUCCUUCAAUAAGAAAUGCUGCAUCUUUUUCCUUGAGGUCACCACAGUCAGUCUGUUCUCCAGCUGGAAGUGAUGGAACCCCUAAAGGAUCAAGACCACCUUUAAUCCUACAAUCUCAGCCUCCACCUUAUUCAUCACCUAGAGAUGUUCCCCCAGACAUAUUGUUAGAUUCUCCAGAAAGAAAGCAAAAGAAACAAAAGAAAAUGAAGUUAGGCAAGGAUGAAAAAGACCAGACUGAAAAAGCUGCAAUGUAUGAUAUCAUUAGUUCUCCUUCCAAGGACUCCACUAAGCUUACAUUAAGACUCUCUCGUGUAAGAUCUUCGGAUUUGGACCAGCAGGAUGAUAUGCUUUCUGGUUUGGAAAACAGCAGUGUGUCAGAGGGUGAUAUUCCUUUUAAUGUGCAGUACCCAGGACAGACUUCUAAAACACCCGUUACUCCACAGGAUGUUAACCGCCCACUAAACGCUGCUCAGUGUUUGCCGCAGCAUGAACAGACAGCUUUCCUUCAGGCACAACAAGUGCCUGUUUUACAACAGAACACUUCAGUUGCUGCAAAACAACCUCAAACUCCUGUGGUACAGACACAGCAACAGGUUUCGCAACAAGGAACUAUAACGUCAUAUGAUGAAGUAGAAUUGGAUGCAUUGGCUGAAAUUGAGCGGAUAGAACGUGAAUCAGCUAUUGAAAGGGAGCGAUUUUCAAAAGAAGUGCAAGAUAAAGAUAAGCCUCUGAAGAAGCGAAAACAAGAAAACAAACCACAGGAGGCUGGGGGUGCUGCUGGAGGAAAUAGGCCAGCUUCUCAGGAGACAGGUUCUGCAGGAAAUGGGGCAAGGCCAGCGCUGAUGGUUAGUAUUGAUCUUCAGCAAGCAGGAAGAGCAGACUCUCAGGCAACAAUAACUCAGGAACUUGAGGCUAUCAAAAAACCUGAAGAGAUUAAGCAGUAUAAUGAUGGAUUUGUGUGUAUUCCCCAAGAAGAGACUGUUGGAGUUCUUAAACUUAAACCUGAAAACCACCCUGAGAUUUUCAGGAAAAAGUCAGAAUUUGAGGUUCAAAAGACAGAUAUCCAGCAAAAUGAGAACAGACAAAUGGAGUUUCAGCAAAAUGAGAGCAGAAGGUUGGAAAUUAAAUACAAUGACAGUAAACAGGUAGACGCUAAGUAUGAAAUCAAGCAUGAUAGCAGACAAGUGGAGAUGAAACAAAAUGAGAACAGACAGGCAGAGUCAAAACAGAAUGAGAGCAGACAAAUGGAGAUGAAACAAAAUGAGGGAAAACAAAAUAAUGGUAAACAAGAAAUAAGACAGAGGCCUGAAACACCAAAGCAGAAGAGUGAAGGCAGGCCUGAAACACCCAAGCAGAAGAGUGAAGUCAGGCCUGAAACACCAAAACAUAGACAUGAUAACAGGAGGGAUUCCAGUAAACCAUUGUCAGAAAAGAAAAUUGAAUUAUCUAGGCAUAAACCUGAUAUGAAAUCUGAUACUUCAAAGCUAAAACCUGAUAGUAGAUCAGAUCCAGUGAAGCAAAGGCCUGAGGGGCGUUCAGUUUCUGAUGCUCAGAGACGUGACCACGAUAGCCUUAAACAGAGAUCUGAGGACAGGGAAUCAGAAAGAUACAGAGGAGAUCCAUCAAAGAUUAGAAGGACUGAAUUUUUGAGAUCCUCGAACAGAAAUGAACAUGAUUCUAAGUAUGGUAUUAAAUCUGAUGGUUCAAAACCUGAGAAAUUUGAAAGGAAACACAGACAUGACUCUGGUGAAUCGAGAGAAAGAUUUUCUUCUGGGGAUCAGAAGUCGGACCAGAAGUCAAGACCUGACAGCCCUCGUGUAAAACAGGAUGGCAAAGGAGAUUCUAGCAAAUCAAGAGCUGAUAAACCUGGUUUUAGGUCACCCAACAGCAAGGAUGAACGAAGGACAGACAGUAGUAAGAGUAAAGUUGAGAGUAAUAAAGCACAUCCUGACAAUAAAGCAGAGUUUCCCAGUUAUUUGUUGGGGGCAAGAUCUGGUGCACUGAAACAUUUUGUCAUUCCAAAAAUCAAGCGUGACAAAGAUGGCAAUGUCACUCAGGAGUCAAGGAAAACUGAAUUUAAAGGUGAACAGAAGGACAAAGUAGAGAAGAUUGGGCUAGUUGAAGACCUGAAUAAAGGAGCUAAGCCUGUAGUUGUCCUUCAGAAGCUUUCUUUGGAUGACGUACAGAAAUUUAUUAAGGAUAGAGAAGACAAAUCAAGGGGCUCUUGUUUUAAACCUAACAAGAACAAGUCGUCCAAAUCUAAUAAAGGUAGCAUAGAUCAGUCAGUGUUAAAGGAGUUGCCUCCUGAGCUCCUGGCAGAAAUUGAAUCCACCAUGCCUCUUUGCGAACGUGUGAAAAUGAACAAACGCAAACGUAGCACAGUUAAUGAGAAACCAAAAUAUGCUGAAAUCAGUUCUGAUGAAGACAAUGACAGUGAAGAAGCUUUUGAAUCUUCUCGAAAAAGACAUAAAAAGGAUAGAGACGAAGCUUGGGAGUAUGAAGAACAUGACAGAAGAGGUUCUGGUGACCACAGGAGAAGUGGUCAUUAUCAUGAAGGAAGAAGGACUUCUGGUAGUGGCCGUUACCGUAAUCGCAGUCCUGAUGACUCUGAUAUGGAUGAUUAUUCUCCUCCUCCUAGCCUCAGUGAGGUGGCAAGAAAAAUGAAGAAAAAAGAAAAACAAAAGAAGAGAAGAGCUUAUGAACCUAAACUAACACCUGAAGAAAUGAUGGAUUCUUCAACCUUCAAAAGAUUUAUUGCUUCAAUAGAAAACAUUUUGGAAAAUCUGGAAGACAUGGAUUUUACAACCUUGGGUGAUGAUGAUGAGAUUCCACAGGAAUUGCUUCUGGGAAAACAUCAGCUUAAUGAGUUGGGUAGUGAAUCUGCAAAAAUCAAGGCAAUGGGUAUCAUGGACAAGCUCUCAACAGACAAAAUAGUAAAGGUCCUGAAUAUUUUGGAGAAGAAUAUUCAAGAUGGAUCAAAGCUUUCUACGUUACUUAACCACAACAAUGACACUGAAGAUGAGGAGAGGUUAUGGAGAGAUCUUAUAAUGGAGAGAGUAACAAAAUCUGCAGAUGCUUGUCUUACUGCUAUCAAUAUUAUGACAUCACCAAAUAUGCCUAAAGCUGUCUAUAUUGAGGAUGUAAUAGAAAGAGUUAUUCAGUACACAAAAUUUCAUUUGCAGAACACUCUCUAUCCUCAGUAUGACCCUGUGUAUAGAGUGGAUCCUCUUGGUGGUGGUCUUUUAAGUUCAAAAGCAAAACGUGCCAAGUGUUCCACCCACAAGCAAAGAGUUAUAGUGAUGUUAUAUAACAAAGUUUGUGAUAUUGUCAGCAGUUUGUCAGAGUUGCUAGAGAUACAACUUCUUACUGAUACAACAAUUCUUCAGGUAUCAUCUAUGGGGAUAACGCCUUUCUUUGUAGAAAAUGUCAGUGAACUACAGCUAUGUGCCAUCAAAUUAGUGACUGCAGUCUUCUCCAGAUAUGAAAAACAUAGACAACUAAUACUAGAAGAAAUUUUCACUUCCCUUGCAAGACUACCAACUAGCAAGAGGAGUUUGAGAAACUUCAGGUUGAAUAGCAGUGACACAGAUGGAGAGCCUAUGUAUAUUCAGAUGGUAACAGCACUAGUUCUACAACUCAUUCAAUGUGUUGUGCACUUACCAUCAGCAGAAAAAGAUUCUAAUUCGGAUGAGGAAUUGAACAAAAAAGUGGAUCAAGAUGUGCUUAUUACUAACUCAUAUGAAACAGCCAUGAGAACAGCACAAAAUUUCCUUUCUAUUUUUCUUAAGAAAUGUGGUAGUAAACAAGGAGAAGAAGAUUACAGGCCUCUGUUUGAGAACUUCAUUCAAGAUCUUCUUUCCACUGUCAAUAAACCAGAAUGGCCAGCUGCAGAGUUGCUGCUUAGCUUACUAGGAAGAUUAUUGGUUCACCAGUUCAGUAAUAAAUCAACAGAAAUGGCUUUAAGAGUUGCAUCACUUGACUAUCUUGGAACUGUAGCUGCAAGACUGAGGAAAGAUGCAGUCACUAGCAAAAUGGAUCAAGGAUCUAUAGCUAGAAUCCUCAAACAGGCCUCAGGAGGAGAAGAUGAUAUUCAACAACUACAAAAGGCUUUAUUGGAUUAUCUGGAUGAGAACACUGAAACUGAUGCAUCAUUAGUGUUUUCUCGGAAGUUUUAUAUAGCUCAGUGGUUUCGGGAUACGACUAUGGAGACAGAGAAGGCAAUUAAAUCUCAGAAGGAUGAGGAUUCAUCUGAAGGAACUCAUCAUGCAAAAGAUGUUGAGACCACAGGACAAAUCAUGCACAGAGCAGAAAGUCGCAAGAAGUUUCUUCGCAGUAUCAUUAAAACUGCUCCAUCUCAGUUCAGUACAUUAAAGAUUUAUUCUGAUACUGUGGACUACGAGGAUGCAUGUUUGAUUGUUCGCUACUUGGCCUCUAUGAGGCCGUUUGCCCAGAGCUUCGAUAUUUAUUUAACACAGAUUCUGCGUGUACUUGGUGAAAAUGCGAUUGCUGUUCGAACAAAAGCCAUGAAGUGUUUGUCUGAGGUUGUUGCUGUAGAUCCCAGUAUUCUAGCCAGGCCUGAUAUGCAGCGGGGUGUUCAUGGACGGUUAAUGGAUAACUCCACUAGUGUACGGGAAGCAGCUGUGGAGCUGCUUGGCCGAUUUGUGCUCUGUCGUCCUCAGCUUGCUGAGCAGUAUUAUGACAUGCUGAUUGAAAGAAUAUUGGAUACUGGUAUCAGUGUCAGAAAAAGAGUCAUAAAGAUACUUAGGGAUAUCUGCAUUGAACAACCAACAUUUCCCAAAAUUACAGAGAUGUGUGUCAAAAUGAUUCGGAGAGUCAAUGAUGAAGAAGGCAUUAAGAAAUUAGUAAAUGAGACAUUCCAGAAGCUGUGGUUUACUCCAACUCCACACCAUGAUAAAGAAGCAAUGACUAGGAAAAUACUGAACAUCACUGAUGUGGUGGCAGCUUGUAGGGAUACAGGGUAUGAUUGGUUUGAGCAGCUUCUUCAAAAUCUGUUGAAGUCAGAAGAGGAUGCCUCAUAUAAACCUGUGAAGAAGGCUUGUACUCAACUUGUUGACAAUUUGGUUGAGCACAUCCUUAAAUAUGAAGAGUCUUUAUCAGAUUCUGACAACAAAGGAGUGAAUUCUGGUCGCUUGGUUGCUUGUAUAACCACUCUGUUCUUAUUCAGCAAAAUCAGGCCCCAGUUAAUGGUCAAACAUGCCAUGACCAUGCAGCCAUAUCUGGCCACUAAAUGUAGUACUCAGAAUGAUUUCAUGGUGAUCUGCAAUGUUGCAAAAAUCUUAGAGCUUGUAGUGCCGCUAAUGGAGCACCCAAGUGAGACUUUCCUAGCCACUAUUGAGGAGGACCUCAUGAAACUCAUCAUCAAAUAUGGCAUGACAGUUGUUCAACAUUGUGUGAGCUGCCUUGGGUCUGUUGUGAACAAGGUCACCCAGAAUUACAAGUUUGUGUGGGCCUGUUUUAAUAGAUACUAUGGUGCACUUUCAAAAUUAAAAAGUCAACACCAAGAAGACCCCAACAGUACAAUACUUACUGCCAAUAAACCAGCACUCCUUAGAUCACUUUUCACUGUUGGAGCACUGUGUCGGCAUUUUGAUUUUGACCAUGAAGAUUUUAAGGGCAACAGUAAGGUUAACAUUAAGGAUAAAGUACUUGAACUGCUGAUGUAUUUUACAAAGCAUUCAGAUGAAGAAGUACAGACAAAAGCCAUUAUUGGCCUGGGAUUUGCGUUUAUACAACACCCAAGCUUAAUGUUUGAACAGGAAGUAAAGACUCUGUACAACAGCAUUCUUUCAGAUAAGAACUGUUCAGUAAACCUAAAAAUCCAAGUGUUAAAAAACCUGCAGACCUACUUGCAGGAGGAGGACACACGUAUGCAGCAGGCAGACAGAGACUGGAAAAAAGUAGCGAAACAGGAAGACCUGAAAGAAAUGGGUGAUAUUUCCUCAGGGAUGAGUAGUUCCAUCAUGCAGCUGUAUCUCAAACAGGUCCUUGAGGCUUUCUUUCAUACCCAGUCCAAUGUACGCCACUUUGCUCUAAAUGUCAUUGCACUGACGUUAAACCAGGGUCUCAUCCAUCCUGUUCAGUGUGUGCCAUACUUAAUUGCUAUGGGCACAGAUCCAGAGCCCUCUAUGCGAAACAAAGCUGACCAGCAGUUGGUGGAAAUAGACAAAAAGUAUGCUGGUUUCAUUCACAUGAAAGCAGUGGCUGGUAUGAAGAUGUCUUACCAGGUACAACAGGCAAUCAAUACCUGUCCAAAGGAUCCCGUAAGAGGCUUUAGACACGAUGAAUCAUCCAGUGCAUUGUGUUCACACCUAUACUCUAUGAUCCGAGGGAACCGUCAGCACAGACGAGCAUUUCUAAUUUCUUUACUCAAUCUCUUUGAUGAUACUGCAAAAACAGAGGUGAAUAUGCUCUUGUACAUAGCAGACAAUCUAGCCUGUUUUCCUUAUCAAACACAGGAAGAGCCACUGUUUAUAAUGCAUCAUAUAGACAUUACACUAUCAGUUUCUGGUAGUAACCUACUGCAGUCAUUUAAAGAGUCUAUGGUGAAAGACAAAAAAAAGGAAAGAAAGCCUUCAUCAGAUGAGGAGACUGAGAGUGACAGUAAUAGUGGCAGUGAGAGUGAAAGUGAAGAGGAAGCUUCUAAGCCUCGGAGGUUACGAAAACGAGUAGAUUCUGAUUCAGAUUCUGAUGAAGAAAAUGAUAUAAAUGCUGUGAUGAAAUGUUUACCAGAAAACUCAGCUCCUUUAAUCGAAUUUGCAAAUGUCUCUCAAGGCAUAUUAUUACUUUUGAUGCUGAAACAGCAUUUGAAGAACCUUUGUGGAUUCUCUGAUAGUAAAAUUCAGAAAUAUUCUCCAUCUGAAUCUGCAAAAGUUUAUGAUAAAGCGAUAAACAGGAAGACAGGAGUGCAUUUUCAUCCAAAACAAACUCUGGAUUUUCUGCGGAGUGAUAUGGCUAAUUCCAAGAUCACUGAAGAAGUGAAGAGGAGUAUAGUAAAACAGUACUUAGAUUUCAAGCUCCUUAUGGAACAUUUGGAUCCUGAUGAAGAAGAAGAAGAUGGAGAGGUGUCAGCUAGCACAAAUGCUCGGAACAAAGCAAUUACCUCGCUGCUUGGAGGAGGCAGCCCUAAAAACAAUGCAGCUGAGACAGAGGACGAUGAAAGUGAUGGGGAGGAUAGAGGAGGAGGCACUUCAGGGUCAUUGAGAAGGUCAAAACGAAAUUCAGACUCUACGGAGUUGGCUUCACAGAUGAAUGAAAGUGUUGAUGUCAUGGAUGUCAUCGCUAUUUGCUGUCCAAAGUACAAAGAUCGACCACAAAUUGCAAGAGUAGUACAGAAAACCAGCAAUGGCUUCAGUGUUCAGUGGAUGGCAGGCUCCUACAGUGGCUCCUGGACUGAGGCUAAGCGCCGUGAUGGCCGCAAACUGGUGCCUUGGGUAGACACUAUUAAAGAGUCAGACAUUAUUUACAAAAAAAUUGCUCUAACGAGUGCUAAUAAGCUGACUAAUAAAGUUGUUCAGACUUUACGAUCGCUGUAUGCCGCCAAGGAUGGAACUUCAAGCUAAUGAUUUGUACAUGCAGCCAAAUUUACAUGAAUUGAAAUAACAGAAAAACUUGAAAUAUCAACUUUCUGGCAAAAAAAAAAAAAAAAUUAAAAAUCAGUUAAAUGAAGAGUAAGAAUGGAACCUGGGACACAGGAAAAAAAGAAGGAAAUGUUUGGUAAACAUUUUUGUGGGAGCUUCCUUCGCUGUUGUGCAGCAGAAACUUCUCAGUUCAUUUUUACUCCCACUGUAUUAUAGUUUAACAAAAAAUUGUUUAUAUCUUGAAAAAAAAACUUUCUGUUUAAAAAAAAAUAAACAAGUGAAUGUUGGAAAUUAGUCUGUUAAUGUUCUUAAUAAAGUGUUCUUGGAGUUUAACCUAGCAGCGGAUGGCUUUCUUUAGCUUAGCCCAGUUUCCAGGGAAGCAUUGUUUUUCCAGGCUGUAAAAUGGCAGAAUCUCCUGGAUAUAUAAUUUAUUCUGUUGAAGAAAAAAGAGGAAAAAAAAAAAAAAAAAAAAAAGCAUGCAGUAUCUAUGACCUAUCUGCAGGAGGAGUUUUUUGUAAAUGUAGAUUUUGAUGUAUUAGGUCACCCUGAAAUAAUACAAGAAAAGGGAUCCCCAGCAAAUCUGGUGGAACGAAUACUGCAAUAAAUUUUUUUACUUCUCUUUGUUACUUGUCUGUUUCCAUUUGAAUUUCUUAUUGUAAAGAUCUGUUUAAAUCCAUUUAUAUUAUUUUGCAGUCUUUUAUGUAAAAUUUACUAUAGCAGUGGUUUUCAAAACAAGACAUAAGAUAUUGUUUAUACAGUUUGUAUAGGCUGACUUCUGAAUAAUUGGUAUCUUUUUAUUUUUAUCCCUUAAAGGGUGUAAACACAAGUUAACUCCAGGGUUUGAUUGUAUCCUGCAAUAUUUAGUAUUAACUAUAUGAUUUAGCACUGUGCCAAACACAUUUUCAAGAGUACAUUUUGAUAUAAAAAGAAACUAUAGUUUAUUCCUUGUAUGCUUCAAUUUCUUUCUAAUACUGUCCAAAUGGUAAUUUAUGAUAGUUUAAGUUUUGGGAAAGUUGAAUGACUCUUCUGCUUGGGCUAACUGGCCAUGUAUGAAUCUCUUUGGGUUGAAAAGUAGAGGUUGUGUAAAAAGGAAAUAGCUACCAGUAUCUGAGGAGUGAAUGGAUAUGGAUCUGGGCAAUUAUGCUACAUUCCUUCACAAAUGAUUUUUUUUUCAAGUUUGUAUAUUAGACUUUUUUUUUUUUUU